CGCUCUGGGGCCAAGAUGGCGGCGCGCCGGGGACGGGAAGACGGUGCCGCGCCGCCCCCAGGAGGGGGCCCCGGACCAGGCCCCGGCGGCGGGAUGCACGGCGGCAAGCGUGGGUCCUGCAACCGGAGCCCCGAGCCCUCCGGAGCCGCGGAGAGCCUUAGGGGCCGGCAGCAGGUUCUGCUGGAAGAGGAGGAGGAAGAGGAGGCUGGCUUCCUCAGCCUGUCCCAGCAUGAUCUAUUUGGCCUGGAGGGAGAUGAUGAAUUAGGAGAUGAAGAGAUGUUCCUACAGCGCGAGGUCCUGUUGGAGACCAUGCAAAGCUAUAUGGACGCUUCUAUCAUUUCCAUCAUUGAAGACUUAAGUGGAUCUGGAGAGAGCAGGGUGACCUCAGAGGACCAGAAUGAAGUGUCUCUGCUCACAGCCCUCACUGAAAUACUUGACAAUGCCGACUCUGAGAAUCCAUCACCCUUUGAUACCAUUCCAGACUCGGAGCUGCUUGCAUCUCCUCGGGAGAACACCUCGUUGCACAAACUGCUGGGUUUUUCUCGCUCAUCCCCAGAAAACGAUGCGGAUGGCCAAUGGGGACCCAAGACACACAGUAUGGCCCCUACUAUUGGCAGGGUUGAGAUGUGUGUCUCUGAUUCUUCCUGGGAUCUUCCCCCAUCUCCAUUCUUGGAGACCUCUUCCCCAAAAAUCCCAGGAUGGAAGACCCCAAGAUCCCGGCCCCGAUGGGGUCAGCUUUCUCCUCUGCAGCGCAGUGAUGGAGAGGAGGAAGAAGAUGCCAGACUCAGCAGUGACAGAGUCGCAACAGCGGGCUCCUCUGCCGACGACACUGAAGACUUCCCUAUGCACCUGGCCUGCCCAGAGGAGGAGGAGGCUGCCCCAGUUGGAGACGAGAGCAUCUCCUCUCUAAGUGAGCUAGUGCGGGCCAUGCAUCCCUACUGUCUGCCCAGCUUCACGGUUUGCUUGGACUCCCCUGGAGACCAGCAGGAGGAGCAGACCGAAGAGUUGAUGCUGGCUGAAGGGGGCAUGGUUCUAGAGAUCCUAGGCCAAGGGUCUGUGACUGGAGAGGCUCUGGAGAUUCCGGUGGUCUUGCGCCAUCUCCCUCCUUCAGACCAGCCUAUGGAAGAGUUAGAGCCUGACCUUUCUCAGCAGCUACUAGAGUCUGACCCGGGAGCUGACGUCCCCAUGUGUGGGGAGCCGUGCUUUCAGAAAGAGCCCGCGAUCGCAGGCAGUCCUGAAGCAGGGAGAGAGAAGGAGCCAGCAAGCCCAGCCCUGCCUUGUGAUGUAUUGAUGCCAGCACCUCUUGAUGACCCCAAAGGACCCUCUAUUGAUGGGUCUUUAGAUGCACCGAAAGGCCAAAGGGGCCAUCGGAGUCGGAAAAAGAAGACUGAAGCUAUGUUAUUGCCGGAUAGGGAGGGAGACAGCCCCUAUGUUCGCAAGCUCAGGUCCUCUUCCCGGAGCCACUUGACCGCUGAGAGCCAGCCCUCAGAUCAGCCCCUGGAGGGGGUCUCCAGAGUGGCCCAGGCAUCCUGCAGUCGGAGAAAGCCCCGGGCCAGGCUGGCUGAACCUAGAGUGAUGUCAAGUCUAGAAAAACCAGGCCCAGCAGAGCCUGGCUCUGUCUCACCAAGUCCCCUUGGACAGUCUGGCCUAGCCAGAGAGGAGCCACCAACUCUGUGCUCCGGCAGUGUGGAGAUGUCCUUGGCCUCAGGGACUUGUGACCAGUCACAGGCCCCAGAGCCAAGCCUUGAGAGUAACAGGCCUCAAAGUGAGGGGGUCUUGAGCCCCUCAAAGGCAGAAUGCAGUGCCAGCACUGGGCCCCAGGAAACCAAACCCCGACCUUUGAGCCUCUCAGAGUAUUGGCAGAGAAGGCAGCAGCGCCAAGCAGAGGAGCAAGUGCCAGAGCCCCAAACCCCUGCUGGAAAAUGGCCAAGCAUUCCAGAGACACCUACAGAGCUAGCAGAAAUCCCAUGCCUCAUUGUCCCUUCUAAGACAGCUGAGCAGCAGGGCCUUGAGGUACCUUCAAGGCCCACUGCCCCUGGCAUAGCCAAGCAGAGGACAGCUCAGCAGCCAGGCCCCAAGCUGCCUGCCAGUCCCAUGCCCUCCUCCAGCUUAUCUUCCCCUGAGGCUGACCUCCCAUUGCCAGCCAGACAUACAUCUCUAGCAAGGCAAUCUGUGCCCCCUACAAUGCCCAUGCCCCAAGCUGUGCCUCCUGCAGGACCCAUGCCCCCAGCUGUGCCUCCUACAAUGACUGUUCCACUGACAAUUCCCAGGCCUCCAGCUCUGCCACCCACAAUGCCACCCCUUCCGGGUGGGCCAGGAAUGCCCUCCAUGGUGCAGCUUUCCUCCAGUGGGCAGACAAUGCCCGAUUUGCUUCUGCCACCGCUCCCCCCACCAUGUCUCCCAAGGCCUCCUGAUUCUUAUACCCAAUUUGCCCCAGUGCCUUCCUGGCCCUGUUACCCCUCUGUGCCACCAUCUGUUAACUAUCCUUGCUUGCCACCCCCAGUGCCAGGCACAUCCAAUGCCUAUCCAGUACCUACUCCCCCUGCUGUGCCUUGGGCCCUACCUCCUGCGUCAGUGACAGCUUAUGGUUCUGAUCAUUCUUAUGGGCCUAUGGGCUGGGGUCCAGGCCCGCAAACUCCUUAUUGGCCAGCUGUACCUCCAGCCCCAUUACCACCACUACCACCACCACUACCACCUCCCCUAGCUAAGAACAUCCCACCACCUACCCAUGUUACUGACAUUUUCCCUACAGUGGCUCAUGAUAGCAUACCUGACUCCAGUGCAGUCUCUAUAGUUCCACUACCUAAUCUUGUACCAACUUCCCAGGAGGCAUCUCAGUCUGCACCCUCAAGAGCAGAGGUCAAGCAAGGGCCAGCUUCUCAGCAACCCUUGAGACCCUUGUCCCCUACAUCCAAAACCAGGCUGGCCAUCCCAAAGUGCCCAGAUGCCAGAAAGAAUGGGGUUCUUGUUGAGGAGCCCAUGGUUCAAAAGGGCCAACUCAAGUCAGAGGGUUCUACCCCCCAGAAGGCCCAGCCUGAAACCAAGGAGAAUGUGCAUAGUGAGUCACCGUUAGUCUCUGCAGAUGUCACUGGGUCUGUGCCAAAGCAGUGCCAAGUGGUCAAGAUGCCUAAUGUCCAUCCAGCCCGGCUUCGGAGACUCAACUUUCUGCCUUCCGCACACACCCAGGGUUCUGAGGAUGUGGUACAAGCUUUUAUCAGUGAGAUUGGAAUUGAAGCAUCUGAUCUAUCCAGUCUUCUGGAGCAAUUUGAGAAGUCUGAAGUCAAAAAGGAGUGUAUUCCAGUGGGAUCUGCUGAUACCUUAGCUAUAGGAAACUCAGGGGUUGACAUCUCCCAGGAAAAGCGACCUCUUGACCGAUUACAAGCCCCAGAGCUGGCCAACGUUGCAGGCCUGACCCCUCCUGCUACUCCACCUCAUCAACUGUGGAAACCUUUGGCUGCAGUCUCAUUACUGGCCAAACCAGGGUCUCCUGAUUCUCCUACCCAAGAUAGAGUGCAGAAGCCCAUGGGAAACAUGGACGCCAAACGUGCAACUGCAGCUCGACUCCGAGGGCGGGUCCCAGGACCUAGCCCAGUUCAUGUAGGCUCUGGGGACCAUGACUAUUGCAUCCUAAGCCCUACAGUGACCCCAGGGCCUGAGUUGGGAUCCCGCUGGAAUGUCAAACGACAUCAAGAUAUUACCAUUAAGCCUAUCCUUUCUCUGGGCGCUUCACCUGCUUUGCCAGUAUGCCCAACCACAUGCCAGAAACAGCAGCUGGACCAUAGGACUAGUGAAGAGCUGGAAGUUACGCCUCCAGCCCCAAUCGCUACCCCUGACCAGCACCCUUCUGUGCUGUUGUCCCCAGAGGCUUCACCUGGCCGUAACGAUGACACUAGGACUGCCCCCGGGGCUUUGGCCAAGCAGCCAGUGCGCUGCUAUCAAAAGGCCAUUGCUUCAUCCAGCCCUCCAGGCCGUGUUUGGCGAGGCCGCAGCAGCCGUUCAUGUUCCAAUGGGGCCAGUGAGGCCUCUUCCUCCUCGGCGUCUUCAUCCUCUUCCAGAUCCAGGUCCAGGUCUCACUCCCAUUCCCGUUCCCGGUCCAAGUCCAGGUCCAUCUCCCCACCACCCAAGAGAUGGCGCAGCUACAGGUCCCGUUGUUCCCGUAGUACCCGAUCCUCUUCUAGGUCCAGCUGUGAUUCCUGGGGACACUCUCGGCGGCGAUCUUCCUCCUCAUCGUCUUCUACAUCUUCUUCUUCAUCUUCAUCCAGUUCUCAGAGCCGAUCUCGUUCUCCGUCCCCUCGUAGGAGGAGUAAUAGGAGAAGGAGGUACGACUACUAUGAUUCCCAGGACCACUACCAAAGGCAGAAAAUUCUUCAGAAGGAACGUGCAAUAGAGGAAAGGAGAGUGGUCUUCAUUGGGAAAAUUCCAGGCUGCAUGACUCGGUCAGAGUUGAAACAUCGGUUCUCAGUCUUUGGAGAGAUUGAAGAAUGUACCAUCCACUUCCGCUUUGAAGGUGACAACUAUGGCUUUGUCACCUACCGAUAUGCUGAAGAAGCAUUUGCAGCCAUUGAGAGUGGUCACAAACUUCGGAGGGCGGGAGAGCAGCCCUUUGACCUCUGCUUUGGGGGCCGAAGGCAAUUCUGCAAGAGGAAUUAUGCAGAUUUGGACUCCAACUGGGAGGAGUUUGACCCUGCCCCCGUGAAGAGCAAAUUUGAUUCAGUCGACUUUGACACAUUACUAAAACAGGCCCAGAAGAACCUUCGGAGGUAACCCUGGGCCUCCAGCCCCUGUCCCUCCAGAAGUCCCUCCCCCUCGCCCCCUGGAGCACCCGUUGCUUCUGGAUGAGGGGGGAAGAGCUGCUAGUGAGAUGGCUGUUUUAUAAAGAAAAUGGAAAAAUAAGUGAAAUUUAAAAAAAAGUAAAAGAAUUUUUCUAAAAAAAAAAGUUUUGUUUUUAUAAAAAGUAUUUAACAAAAUUUGCAUUCCUUGUGAAGUGGGUGGUGCCUACUGCAUGGGCUGCUCAUUUGGGGAAGGUCUAAAUCACUAUGCAGAUCAAUAAACAAAAAAAAGGAAAAAUC